CACAUUCAAAACAAUCCGAAAAUCGAACGCAACAACAAGAGCGGCGGAACUCCAACCGCAAACUCACCAAAAUGAGCUGCUCGGCAGAACUGGAUGCCAUGAACACCUGUGUGACAAGCGAUGCCGCCUGCACAAGCUGCUUCGAUCCAGGUGCUUUCAUGGACACCUACCCAAAACAGGCCGAGGACUUCUUUCGUUCCGUCCUCGCCUUUGCAAAUCCAGGCGACGAUGAGUUCUGUGUCGAGGCCAGCUGGCGCAUCUGCAAAAAGUACUACCCAUUGGAAAACGGAGAAGCGGUACGUAACACCUAAAGUACCUGUGUACCAAUAGCAAUUCCGAAGGAAGCUGUCCUGCUGUACUUUUGGCUCACUUUCUUUGUUUGUGUCUUCUCGUUGCCCGAUGAAUCAUUUACUCCUAUCCAUUUCAUAAUUCAAAACAAAUACAACAAUCUGCAUCGCAAAAUCGACUAACAAUCAUUUCACAACACAACGCUCAAAAAAUCUGUACACUUGUAGUCCUGCUGCUGUUUAGUGGAAUCGAAAGCCUAUACGGCAUGUAUGUWUGGAACGAACGGAAACGGAUGGUUAUCCAAGUAUUCAGUUACGAACACUUCGUGCGUAUACGGUGGGUGCGAAAUUUUUGACUUAGAGGGGACCCUCGACGAGGGAACAGAGGAAGGCGGAGACGGAGGGGGGUCAUCUGUUAUCAUCAUUGGUGGCGGUGCUGGGGGGGCCGUUCUGGUCGCCAUUCUGGUAGUGUGCUUGUAUCUCCGCAAGCGACGGUUGGCGGCGGUUGGGGAUGACGACGACGAUGAUGACGAAGAAAAGGCAAAGAAGAAAAAGAAGAAACCCAAGGACAAGGAUAAGGACAAGGACAAGAAAAAAGACAAGAAGAAGAAGAAGGACGAUUCGGACGACGACAGCGAUGAUUCGGAUGCCAAAUCCAAAAAGAAAGGCAAGAAGAAAAAGAAGAAGAAAAAGAAAAAGGACGAUUCAGACGAUGAUAGCGAUGAUUCGGAUGCCAAAUCCAAAAAGAAAAAGAAGAAGAAGAAAAAGAAAAAGAAGGACGAUUCGGAUUCUGACAGCAGCGGUAGCAGUAGUAGCGACUCGGACGACAGCCAUAAGAAAUCCAAAAAGGAACGAAGGCGUCGAAACGACGAUGAUAGAACGUAUUUCAGUGAUCGAAAGACCAUCGACACGAGAUCGACGGCCGAAAUGACAGACUGGAGCAGAAUGCCACCACCAUCAUACGCCCAACCGGUUCAAACCAUGCCGAUAAUAAGGCCGRUGAUUUACAGCGAGUACGAUUACCAUGGCCUUAGGAACAGCCGUGAUAUCUUCGAGGACGAACAGGCACUCCUCCUUUCCGCCAAACGCGCCGCAAAGCUGGCCCGCUUCGAGAGCCGCAUGAAGACUAGCAAGCUUUCCAGUCUCAAGGGUGUCCACAAGGAAACAGCUGCCCGUCUCAUAAAGGCGAAGCAAAAGGCUAAGAAAAUCGAGAAGAAAGCGGUGAGCGAGAUAGAGCAGACCGAGAAGGAAAAGAUGAAGAUGUCCAGGAGCAUGAGGAAGCUCAAGCGCGAAAAGGAGAAGAUGGCCGAGAAGCUUGCUGUUAUGGAAGAGGAGCGAUCCGAGUCUAAAUCACAGCAACAGCAUAACCUGCAGCAGCAGCAACAACAACAGCAACACCAGCAGCAGCAGCAGCAACGACAACAGCGACAGCUAGAGCAGCAGCAAAUGUUGCAGACGCUGAUAGUUUCCAUGAAAAAGCUCCAGCACGAACAAGCUCUAGUGUCCCAAAACAUUGCUCAACUGGAGGCACAGAGAUCAACCUAUGGACUUCAGGGCCUUGUUCAACAACGCCAGGCUUUGCAGCAACAAAUAUACCUCAACGAGGUUCAGCAACAAGAGAUUAUGCAGCAACAGCAGCAGGAUCUAGAUCUAGAUCUAAUGCAGCAACAGCAGCAACAACAAGAUCUGAUGCAGAUGGAUCACCCAAUAGGUAUGGAACACACGACGAUACUUCAGCAACAAAACCUGCAACAGAAUCAAUACGGAAUGGUUGGUGGCGGAGAGGUUCAAAAUCCCAUGGAUAUGGGAAACAUGCUGAUGAUGCAACAACAGCAACAACAGGCUUCAGUAUAUGGAAUUGACCAGUCUGUGCGUGGUAACGGUUACGGAUUUCAUGAAAUUGAUCCUCAACAGAGUCAUACCGAAAUGAAUACUCUGAGCAACAAUGAUUACAACGACUUGGUGACCAUCGGCCAGCAGCAAUUUGGUCAGAAUAGCACGGUGACGGGGGGAUUGACCGUUCCACCACCUGUUCGCAUCGUUAAUCCGAAGUAUAGUGACGAAGACGACAUCAGCAGCUUUGAGGGAGGCUUUUAUAAAAAUUCCUAUCGCGGCUCGUCCAAGCAAAGACCUUCUUCCUCUUCAAGAAGUAACAGGAAUAGCAACAGUAGGCGCUCGAGAUCUUCGAGGGCGGAAUCGUCGUCGACGAGGAAAUCCAGAGGUAGUAGCCGUACCCGCAAUACUAGCAGUCGUAAUGGCAGCCGCAGUCAAAGUCGGAACCGUAGCGAACGCAGUCGCAGUAUUAGUCGACACAACAUGAGCGGUAGAAUCGACUCAAUCAGCGACAAUGGAAUGGAUCCCGAUGGAAGGAGGUCACCGAGAAACAUCAACUCGAGCAGCCGCCAUAGUCGACGCUCGCAUUCCUCAAGUAGUAUCGACUACACAGGAAAUGUGAGAAGUAAUAGGAAGAGAACGUCUCCUCGAGAACGGUCGAGAAGAUAGCAGAGUUAGCUAUUGUUGCACGAACGCGAAGUACGACUCGCUGCUUACAAGGGGAUACCACUGUCUUACAAUUCAUAAUUUUUGUUCUGUAAAUUAUUUGUUACAUCUACGACCGUCAACUAAGCUGUACCAUGCUACAUUAAAUCAGCAUGACACAC